CAGGAAAAAUAAAAAUGAUGUUCGAUACCAUGACACAAUGCAUCAAAGGCUUAGAAAAAAUAUUAGACGAAAAUGCCGCUCUAAACGAUCCCGUAGAUAUUAGAAAAUGUUUGUUGCUGUUUAACUCAGACAUUAUAUUAACCGUAGCAUUCGGCUUAGACGUCGAUAGCUUGAAAAACCCCGAGAAUGAUUUUAGAAAACAAUUCGCAAACGUAUUCAAACUGUCGCUCAAAAGUAUCAUCAAAAAAUUUAUUUCCGAUAAUUUUCCGCAAUGGCUCUUAGUUGCUCUACAAUUCAGAUUAACCAAUAAAGAAGCAGAAGAUUUUUUUAUAAAAGUAGUCAAAGACAUUGUCGAGUACAGAGAAAAGAACAAUAUUUAUCGAAAAGAUUUCAUGUAUCUAUUAAUUCAAAUAAAAAACACUGGAGAAACUACAGACAAUGAGAGUCUUAACUCGAACAGUACCAUGAAGCACUUGUCGUACAGUGAAAUGGCUGCUCAAGCUAUUACAUUUUAUAUUGCUGGAUUUGAGACAUCUUCAACCACAGUGUCUUUCGCUUUAUUUGAAUUAGCUCUUCAUACUGACAUUCAAAAUCGACUUAGAGAAGAAAUUCAGUUAGUAAUGAAGAAACAUAAUAAUCAAAUAACUUACGAUGGUAUCAUGGAGAUGGAAUAUUUGGAUAUGGUAUUUCAAGAAAGCUUACGUAAGAAUUCCACAGCUUCAGCUCUUUCGAGACAAUGCAACAAAACGUAUCCUAUUCCUGGUACCGAUGUUGUUAUUGAACCGGGAAUAGAAGUGGUGAUACCAGUUUAUGGACUUCACAAUGAUCCGGACUAUUUUCCUGAACCUGACAAAUUCGACCCUGAACGAUUUAAUCAAGAAAAUAAGAAAAAAAUACCGCCUUAUGCGUAUGUACCGUUUGGAGAAGGACCCCGAAAUUGUGUUGGUAAGGUU